CGGUUCUUUCUCAAAGUUGUGAACCCCGUCCUCCUUCAACCUGCGCCCACGCCAGGGAGCCUCUCCCUUGAAACCGCCGGAGGAAGAAGAACCAGCGGCCUCAAACGUCUCCCCAGCCGCGAACCUGCAGCCCUCCUCCGUGCGUUCUCAGGCUUCCCCGCGGCGUCUAAUCAGUAGCUCCUGAAGCUUGCGAGCAGUUCCUCCUUCUUCUGACGGAGACAACGUUUAUCCGGAUUGAAGGGAUGGAGCAGUCCGCGACUUCUAUAAACUCUGACCUCCAUUUGGUGCAAGAAACUUAUGCUGUGGAAUUGCCAGAGUUACGCACUCCCAUUACUGUUCUUGGUUUAGGUGCGUCAUCAUCAACACCCACAAAAGUGAUCAAUGAAGAGCCUCAAUCAACACCAACUAGAAAUACACCUGUAGUUGGCAUGACUUUUGAUAGUGUUGAAGCUUUUGAGGAACUCUACAAAGCAUACAAUUCAUCUAAUGGAUUUUAUGCAAGAAAGCGUACUAGUAGAGGAGAUAAGUACUUGAGGUGGGUUUGUCGAAAAGCGGGAUUCAACUCUGUCAAAUGUAAACAGGUCGAUGUGGAUGGUAAGAAAAGAAGAAAAACGGCUUCUGUGAGAGUUGGUUGCCAACAUGCAAUUAGUUUGAAAUUCGAACCUAAAAUUGGAAAGUGGAUUAUCUUGUCAUUCACGCCCGAACACAAUCAUAAUAUUGUCACUCCAAACAAGGCGCACUUCAUGCCCAACGGAGAGGUUGUAGACGAAAGCGACCAACUCAUGAUUGAAAUGUUCAAAGACCAUGGCACAACAAUAGGAAAGGUGGCUAUGUUUGGUAAAGGCUGUCUUAGUCAACGUAAUUGUUAUAACCACAUGAAAGAUAAGAUUCUCGAUAUUGAUGAUGCACAAGGAGUUCUUGAAUACUGUACGCAUCAAUCAGAGUUGGAUCCCGGAUUCUUUUAUCGCGUGCAAAUUGAUGAUGAAGGCAAGAUGUCGAAUUUUUUUUGGGUUGAUGCAAGAUCUAGGAUGGCUUACAAAGUUUUUGGUGAUGCCACAGUCUUCGAAACGUUAUACCACACAUAUAAAUGUGAGAUGCUUUUAGCCCUUUUCAUUGGUGUUGAUAAUCACAAAAGAAACAUCUUAUUUGGAUGUGCCCUAAUCAUGGAUAAGCAACAAGAGACGUUUGAAUGGUUAUUUCGUACAUGGCUAAAAGCAAUGGAGGAAAAAGAGCCCGUCUCUAUGAUUACCAAUCAAGAUAGUGUGGUGUGUAAUGCUGUCAAAGUUGUUUUCCCAAACGUUCGACAUAGAUUAUGUAUUUGGCAUAUACUAAAGAAUUUCCCGGAGAAUCUUCCAGUGGUUGACAACAAAUAUAAAGAAUUCAAAAAAGAGCUAAAAGUUCUCAUUCAAACGUCAUUGUCCAGAGCUCACUUUGAUGAGCAAUGGUUGGAAAUGAUAAAUAAAUAUGGACUACAAGGAAAUGAAUGGCUACAAAAUCUCUUUCACAUUCGAGAAGAGUGGGUCCCUGUGUACACAGUAGACACUUUCUUUGCAGGGAUGCAAGCAAGUCAACUAGCAAAAACUGUGAACUCUCUAUUCAGCUCAAAAAUGAAUUGGGGGUCCUCCUUACUGGAAUUUAUUCAGGAAUAUGAUAUUCUUAUGGAACAUCUGUACGAGAUGAUGCGGCAUGAAGAUUAUGAAAGUCGACACAAAAAUAGGAGUUGUGAUCGAAACUCCUUCCUUGAGGAGCACGCAGCUGAGGUAUAUACUCGCAAUAUGUAUCGAGAAUUUUACUCGGAAUUGGUCCAAGUGGAUAGGUACAAGUACGUAAAAGUAAAAGACUAUGUUGGCCCAGGUGAGGAGUACAUUGUGCGACAUGUUACUAACCCAAAAGAAUGCUACGUCGUAGAUAUUGAUAUGCAAUCCUUAGAUGAAGGCAUUGUUAAUACAGUGAGCUGUUCUUGCGGGUUAUUUUUGUGGAAUGGUAUAUUAUGUCGUCACAUUUUGAAGUUAUUUAACUGCAAAAAUGUCCUUCGGAUUCCGGAAGCAUACAUAUUGCAUCGAUGGUGUAAAGACGCAAGUCAGCCUUUAGAUGUAUUUAUUUAUCUCAAUGCAGAUGAGAAGAGUAAAUUUAUGAAGAGAGUGCUUAAUUUAAAUCACUGUGCCGAGAAAAUAGCAAGUCUUGCUUGUAGGGAUGAUGUGACCUAUCAUUUUGCAACUACAAUAUACCAAGAUGGAAUCCAGAAAAUUGAAAGUUUUAUCCAUGCGAGAGAAAAUGAUCUCGAUGGUGAUGGCGCAGAGGCUUCGGGUGUAUCUUCAAAUCCCACUUUGCCCGAACCUGAAAAAACACGGUGUAGUUUGCAAGUGCUUUUAAACCCCAACGUUUCAAAGACAAAGGGUCGAAAAGAAAAAAACAAAUGGUGGAAAUCUAGUCUUCAUGAGGUCGCAAUGAGUGGCCAACGAAAGUGUGGCAUUUGUCAGGAUGCUGGACACAAUGCUACAACAUGCAAGAAAAGGAAAGCUGAAGAUUCAACCCCAUUGGACCAGAUGCGAGAAGAGAACGUCCUUGUAACAAAUAUUGGGAGUGCGGAUUCUUAACAAAUAACCGGAUGGAUUCUUAACAGAUGAUCUGGUUAAAGAAGUGGUACAUGAAGCACGAAAUCAACGCAGAAAGGGAAGUUGUAGAUAUAUAUCUCUAUUGGAUCAGAUGCAGUGUUUUAGCUUUGAGAAUUUUUCCUUUAGUCCGGUGUUCAAAGUAGUAGAUAUGAAAGGUUUAUGUGUACAUUUGUUCUUGCGUGUUUCCAUUUUGUUGCACGGCACAUUGGUGACUAGAAUUGUAACAGCAAGGAAACCAACAACACAAGAUUCAUCACUAGCCUCUUAACAGUUGG